UAGCAAAGGUGUUGAAUGUUCCACUGUCCAAUUAGAAAUAUGCUGCCAUUUUGGUCUGGAGUGAUUGCCUGUCUGUUGGCUCUCCUGGUCGUCCCUCAGGCCCUUGCCUGGGAGUCGCCAGAGCUGCGGAAUGCGGCAGAGCCGCCCCAGUGCUACAGCUGCGAGGGCAUCAACUGUCUGAGGACAACCAAGCAGAAUGUGACCAUCGGCUGCGCAGAUCGACUGGACAUUUGUGUGACCAUCUACGAGGACUUUGCCGUCAGCGAGAGAGGCUGUCUGUCGCAGAUCUCCCUGGAAGGACAGGCCAAGUGCCAGGCUAGGAGUCCGGAGUGCCACAAAUGCAGCGGAGAACUGUGCAACAAUCAGGGACGAAGCGACUUCAAGUGCAUUCAGUGCAGCGGAUCUACUUCGUCCACCUGCAACGAGGGAGCCGCCUCCACACUGAAGGCCUCACAGUGCGGUCUUCCGACCUCCAGCAAUUCCUACUGCUAUGUCAAGGUCGUGGGCGAGAACCUUCAGCGCGGCUGUGCCACGUCCCUGAAGGAGCAGAAGAGCUGCCUGGAGAGCCGAGAUUGCUCGCUCUGCCUCCCGGGGAACUCCCUCGAAUCCGUGGCCUGCAACACGUUCGACUUGGCCUACGCCAAGUCGAGUGCAGGUCUGGGUCAAAGGGUAGCAGGCCUGAGCUUGGCCCUCAUAGGCCUGCUGGCCAUUCUUUUGUUCAACUAGUAUUUUGCCAAAGCCAAAUAAAUGAGAAUUAAUCAGUCA